GCCAGCGUGAAACUAUGUCGGACGGCGGGAGUGGGUCCCCUGGAGCGGCCACGGAUCUGGGCGCGUACCUGAAUGAACUAAUAGCCGAACGAGAUAAGCAGAUAUGCAGUGGACAUGCCGCACGACUUCUUGAUCAAGAAAUUGGUCGUUUGCAGAGCGGAAGUAGCAAAGUCUCCUUCGUAGACAUCCAUAAAGGUCGACCAAUUCGAUUACAAGUACGGGUAGUCGUACCCGUCAAGGACCAUCCAAAUUUUAACUUUGUUGGAAAGCUUCUUGGACCCAAGGGAAAUUCGUUGAAAAGGCUACAAGAGGAGACACAAACGAAGAUGGCCAUCCUCGGACGCGGAUCGUUCCGCGAUAAAGCCAAGGAAGAAGAAUUACGCCAGUUGUCGGACCCAAAAUACUCACAUCUUCAUGAGGAUCUGCACGUCGAGGUGACCACGUUCGCUCCUCCAGCCGAGGCUUAUAGUCGGAUGGCGCAUGCUAUCUCCGAACUAAAGCCCUUCCUCGUUCCUGACUAUUAUGAUGACAUCCGGCAAAACCAACUUCGUGAAUUGGCUCUACUGAACCGCGACAGCCGAAAAGCAAGCGAACUAGUAGCUGGCCUAGGGGGUUCGCAACGGGAGAGUCCUACGCUGGGUGUUUCUUCUGCAUCCCCGUCAGGUUUGCAGGCGACCACUUCUCCUGUGAUAGCAGCUCCGCCUGCAGCAACAACGGCAGCUGCGUUCCCUUCCGUGACGGCAUUUUCUGCAAUCGGGUUAACCGGUGCGGGUGGCUCGCGCAGUUUGGCCGUCAACGCCAUGAGCCCAAUAGGAGCUGGUCAGGUUCAAGUACCUGCUGGGUUGGUUCCUGUUAGCCUCCUGCCACGACUUCCUGUACUCCAGCCGAGCACUCAGGCGGCAGCAGCCGCCGUUGCGGUGGCUGCCCAACAACAACAAUUACAAAGGCUGGCAGCGGCGGCAAAUGCAACCCGCUAUAAUCAGGCGUGUUCGGCCGCAGCUGCUCUUCAGCGGCAGAUGUCCGAGGUGACUGCAGGAAACGUGGGUCAACAUGGCACGCAGGACACAGUCGCAACUACGGCCCAUACUGCGCAUACGGCCGUCGCAGUUGCAGCGGACCCUUUUUUGUAUGGCGAUGAAUGUCCCGACCCUUCCACGCAAUCACAAGCGACUUCGCAAAACGAAGGCGUGCGCGCUAAGGACGACGGAAGCAGUCAGGCCACGUUUACUGAAGAAUUUGUCGAAUGGGCCCAAUCACCAUUAAACCAGUGCAAGAUCAAGGCGCGCACGAGGACCAUUUUCACGCCGUAUCUCGUUCAGCGUUUCGGCGUGUGAAGUGUCUAGUGCAGAAGUCAAUAACUAUUCGCUUGCUAUCACUAGUAUAGUUAUUAUCAUUACAACAGUAUGCGACAGGCAUCAACAACCGUGAUGAAUCCGCGGCCUUCUAGAGCUGGCAAAAAUUAGCAGCAUUGCAUCAUGUUUCAUCGGUUAGUAACGUUGCGGAAAAUGCCGCAUACUCUCUUGCUAGACCGACAUGAAGAUUUUCGCAAGUAGGACGGUUUCGAUUUUGCAAACCGGUCAGACUCAUCGUGCCCGCACAGAGCUCUGAGGUAUGUAAAUAAUGAGAUAACUCGCAGUGGUAGACACGCGAUAAGGCUUAAUUCGGGCAACACGUCAAACACCUAUAAGAUCUAUCAAUGAGUUUCGCAACGUUUACACAUGGCGGUCGUAACGACAAGUUAGCCUGGCGACGUUCCUUUGCCAGGAUCAUUGGCUAUGUGAACAUAUGUGACGUAUGCGAAGUUUCAGAGCGAUGGCGGAGCUCUGCCCACCGGAUAGGCGCCUUCCUAUGAUUCUGCAGUACGAUGUGAAUAUUGAUGACGUCUACUAAAUGACAGUGUCUGUUUUCUAUAAUGCCAGCCAGCCAAGACAAAACACAGGAAGCAAUUGUCUCUGCUUCAUCUGAUUCGCCGACAAAACUCCAACGGCAGCGACAAGGCUUUUGCAAGAAAAUACUACAUGUCUGAAUAUAAGACCAUUUAGCAGGUGCUGAUCAAAUAUUGUAGUUCCUUUACGGUGCUUUUCUGCCCACUUCAGCCGCCGCCCGCCCCAGACCCGACAACCGCAAACAUAUCGGUACCCAUAUUAUCACAUCAGUAUCAUGAGCGUUAUUAAUGUGUUAUAUAUAUAGAGGUUGAUUGAUCAACGAGGCGUUCACAUAGUGUUGACUAUAUGUUAAACAUGAUGGUAAUUACUAAUAAAACCAUAGUAUAACUAGCUGUAUUUAAUUAGUAUUACAGAGGUAUUGAUUAAACAAAGUUGAUUGUUAUCAUUAUUAUAUCGCAAUACUAUUACUGAGUAAGCAAACAAACAAACAAACAAACAUGUGUUUUUUGGGAUGUCGCGUUGUGGGGUUCGCACCGUGUGGGAGAAAAAAGACAGUAACUAAUGGGAUGAUUAUUAGGCAUUGUCGAAUGCUUGAAUGAGUGAAGGACCGAUGUAUAUAUUAUUGAGUGGAAAAUGUCUGAUGGUGAUGAAAAAAAAACUACGAUGGUAAUAAAAAAAAAAAAAGGACAAAUUGAAUUACUAUGUCACACACACCAACAAGGUAUGUAUUAGUAAUUACAAGUAAGAAAGUGCAAUAACGCCUAUGAUGAUAGAAAUAAUUACUACGGACGAUCGAAGAGAGGCAAUGAUCAAGCAGUGUUAUGAGUAAAAACAAAUCCGAGUCGAGUGAUUCAUUCGACAGUAGCAUUAUCAUCGUCGGACACAUCGGUAACGAAUGUACACUGAACGUGUACGUGCACGUGCACGAUGAGGCCAAUGU